AUGUACUGGACUGUAAUCAGCACUCGAAACAGAGUCGAUUGCAUGUUUUUCCAUGUUUUUAGCGAGUUUUUGGUGGGCGCGCCAAAAUUUUGGGCUGAAAUUCUUGAAACUGCCCGUACCGCCUCAUGGCCGGUUAUAUUUUCACUCUACCAAGGCUCUGGACUCAGUUUGGCGGUCACAAAAAGGGGGCACAAAAAUAAGCGGGGUUUGAUUGUCCGCGACUGUACAUGCGGGCGGAAGGAGCAGAGGUGUCAGCAGUUGGAUUCGAGGUUAAUGUGGAGGACGCUGGACGAGCGUUUUGCGUUCAGAGUCAGGUUGAACGAUGUUGAGAAGGAGAACGUACUCUACAUUGACAGCUCCGCCGUUAUCUCCAUCGACGGAUUAUCCCUCCGAACUGGGAAUGCAUUCCAAACUUCUUUGGCGGUGUUUUGA